UAAAAGCUCAAAAAGAGUUUUUCUAAGAAUGUGAGAACCUCUGAACUUUUAUCACAUAAGCUUCUGAAUUGUGAAUACUGAGAUCUUACUGCAAGACGCGCUGUAAAAAAACGUUCCAAAGACGAGAUAUAAAAAAAACCCGUUCCAGUAAAGGCCCUUAUUCUUAUCACAAGACGCUAGCAGCUUCGGGAUUAGCGGAUUGUAGUUGUGCAGAUGAUUAAAAACGACAGCGCGACCAAAUACGCGGUAAAAAUGUUUGUUGGAGUUGUCACAAUAUUUUUCAGUCUGGUCUCUGUAGCUGUUCAAGCGGAGGAUUUUGAAGAUUGUCUGGUGCUGGACCACACCAUGCCCUGCUUUGGCUCCGACGUCCCCGAUGUUCUCACGAACCACAUCAAGUCCGUAAAAGAGUGUCGCGAGUUGUGCUUCAACACCACUAGCUGCAAGGCGUUCGCGGUCCAAACACCAACGAAGGGAGCUCAGGUCUAUUGUCAGCUAAAGACCAAUGUUUGCGUCCAGAAAGAAAACACGGCUGGUCGCUAUUUCAUCCAGGUGACGCGUCUCAAUGGAUACCAAUGGUUUAAAAACUAUGACUGCAACAGGAGGUCCAAGUCCAUCCGACGCCAACACCCAGAUGGCUGUAAACAGUUUUGUGAUGAGAACAACAAACUCCAUUCUAAAACCUCGCCUUGUACUGGUUUUAGUCUCAACAUCAAGAAACCCGAUUACAUGUGCAAGAUCUUUAGUGAACCCUGUCCUGGCCACAUCAGUGAGAAAGUGGGCACCUUGGUGUAUUUGAGGGAGCCGAAUUACUUCUAUGAUCUGACUAAAGCAAAACAAAACGAACUGAUUGCACAGCUGGACCCGUACAAACCACAGGUUGUCUUUGAUAGGCGACAAUAUCACCACCUGACGACCAGCCAGUCGGACAGAGGACUUUGUCUCUAUACUUGUCUCGUCCAGAAAUGCGAGCACAUGAAAUUUGAAGAUGGCGAGUGCACCAUUUUUUUCAAAUAACCGUUUAUGCAGUUAUUGCCAAGCUCAUUGACUGUGCAUGGUUGUGUCCAGUUGUAUGACCACCUCACUGCUAUGUCCUAUGUCCUUAUGCAACUACUGAAUAAACUCUGUGAAUUAAAAUGUUUGGUCCGUCUUAAAUUGGCAGACCAAUAACUGUACAACAAAAAUUACGCGUGAAAUAUCAUGUUGUCAUGCACCGAGUUUAAAGUUUCUAAGACGUCUGACGUCAUGUAUUUGUCGAAAUCUGAUUGGCUGAACCGAUUAACUCUGAUGGUUCAGAAUGGGUGUGAGGGGCGAAACAGUCUUCCGUCUAGUAUGACUUGGGGCCAUGUCUUUCAUGACGUCGGCCCCUGUCUCUCACAACCUGUUGCUGGUUAAGGCAGUAUCUAAAACCCCAUACCACAUACCACAUACCCACAUACCCACAUGCCAAUUUUUCUAGGUGGGGCAAUCCAAUGACGGCUGAAGCUUUUAUAAUAAGCCUGGCAAGAUUGGAUCACUCAUUUUUAGUUCGUCUUACCCAGGAGACAGGAGCGUUUAAUGGACAACCCAUUAAGUGACCCGACCGAAUCAAGUUUGAUAUCAUGCUAUCAAAGUUGGCAAUCGUAUUCUGUUUCGAAUGAUUGCAGGUUUCGAAACUGAGCGCCCUACGAACGACGAACUACAAAGUACGAAUGUCUGUCGAGUCAUCAAGUCCUCUAUCUGCUAAUUUAUUUUACACGACACUGAACCAUAUUUUAUACUUGGUUGUAGAAGGAAU